AUGUUGAUGAACAAAUCCAUCCUCUCCUCUAGCAUCGGCCGUGAACUAUGCCGGCGACUGCAGUCCCUCUCCCCAGAGGAGCCAAGUUCCAUCGACCUCCUCCAAAACUACCCUCAGUGGUUCCCGUGUAUAGCAGCUGCUGUCUUCGGAACUUUGCAUUCAAUGGCGACGUCUGGACUACAUAUAUUGGGCGCAAUCGUGACGGCAUGCAUGUGUACCGGGUCUGCCAGCCUGUCUCACAUGUGCAAGCUCACUGCUCACCGAGUGCACCAACUGCGACUUUCUAGGUAA